AUGGAUCCAAAUUUAUGUCAGUUUGUCGCUGAAAAUGAACUCAUACAAAUUAUACCGAACUUCAAUUAUGAAAAAUUAUACCUUAUUUGUGGCGAUGUUGGUCCAUUCGAAGCGGGCAUUCCAUUAGAAGUACCGCUUUGGAUGGCUAUUAGGUUAAAAAAGCAACAUAAAUGUCGAAUUUUGGCACCUGAGUGGUUUAAUGUUGAAUCGUUACGGAAAUUUAUUGAUGCUGAAACAAGAGAAAAAGGUGGCCUUACUCCUGUUCCAAGAUAUUUCCGCGAAUUUUCCAAUUUAUUGUUACUGGAUGCGAAGGACGACAUUAUCGAUGCGGAUCAGGUGGCUUUCGCUCCUAUUUUUGGUUGA